AUGACGUCCAAGAUUUUGAUCGCUCUGUUUGCUGGUAAGCUGGGUUGAUAAGAAAUGGAACAAAAUUUUAUAGAUAAUACUAUGAUUUGAUUAUAAAAUAAGAUAUCUAGAAUAAGGUCUAAUUUGAAGCAACUUUUUUAAAUACGACGGAUCAAACAUCAAGCAUGUAUAUAGACUGUUAUGUUACAUUUGACCUUUGAGACCCGGGGAGCUUCCGGCUUCAAUCUCACCAAAUUUAACUCCGUUUGAACCCCGGAAGUUGGUCAUUUCCGGUUGUUACAACAAUCUAACUAUAUUUACAUUCAAAAAAUAAAUAGAUAAAGUAAUCCAGAUUCGAGUAGUUUAGAUCAUAAAAAUCAAAUCUUAAUUUAAAACUGAACUAAUCAGGUAUAAUCUUCAGUUCUCUCCCUCACAUGUAUCGCCGACGCCCAGAAAUAUCGACGGAUUCGGAAUCUCCGAGAAGCCGUCUUCGGAUUUCCCCCUGGCUCCGCAUCAUCUGAAUCUACAGUAAGUUCCUCUUAUGAUCACUCUAGUAAACUUUUGAACAAAAAGCCUGCCCUUUACCCAAUUUCCUCCCACCUCAUUACACUCACUUACAUAUUUCGUGCUUAAAUCCCGUCACUCUCCCCAUACAUUGUCGUCAUAUCUCAACUUUAAUAUCAGAUAUUGGCAGUGAAGGGAGUAGGCCGAAAACCUUACAGUCUACAGUAGAUUUACAAUUUACGCAAAGCAUCCUUGUUUACGAAUGAGACCUUUUUAUUUCACAAUGCACUUAUAAUGAUUAAUAUUGAACCAUUAAAACUGUUGUAUUUUAAGUGCAGCAAAAACCGGAAACGACUAUAUUAUUCAUGACAUCUUGUUCAUGAGUAAUUACUCUACUUUUGUCCCUUGUUUCAUGAAUUCUCGAUUACUUUGGGGGCUUGCAAUUAGCCUCGCAUCAAAAACACAUCUGACAUUACUACUGUAACAUUAUUUUAGGAUGAGAGUCCAGAUGUUUCCUCGUUUUUUAUGCCCAAAAGAGAGCAGUUAUUGGAUCCGUUCACCGGCCAGAGAUACCCAGCUAGCCGAGCCUCAAUCCGCAGAAUGUUCCGGUUCAGCUAA